ACAAAGGGAGACUCAGAAGAAGUGAGAAGGUACAGUCAUGGCCAUGGCUGCAUCUUCCAAUUCAGAAGCAGAAUCAGCAUCAGACAUAUCCAACUUGUUCAAACCCAUAUACCUGAAAGACGUGCCUCACCUCAGCCACUAUGUUCCGAACCUCCAAACACGCCCUAACCCGCUGGAUCACAACCCCUACUUUAACACCCGCCAUCUGCGAGAUCAUGGUUUCUACCUUACUCAUUCCGACCUCGUACUACGCCAUAUCGGAAACGACCCCUCUCCCUUGCCCCGCUUCGCCUACCACCGCGCCGGUCCCCGCAAGCUCAUCUACUUUGACCCUUCGCUUGUCCGCGUCGGCAUUGUCACCUGCGGGGGUCUCUGCCCCGGCCUUAACACCGUCAUCAGAGAGCUUGUGAUGGGUUUGUGGCACCUCUAUGACGUCCGUCAUAUUAUGGGCAUCACUGCUGGGUACAGAGGGUUUUACUCCUCCGAGCCACUCCCCCUCAACCCCAAAGUUGUUCAACAUUGGCACAACGUCGGUGGCACACUCCUCCAGACAUCCAGAGGCGGUUUUCACCUCAAUGAUAUCGUCGACGCCAUCCAAAAUCACGCCUUCAAUCAGGUGUACAUUAUAGGAGGAGAUGGGACUAUGAGAGGUGCAGUGAAGAUAUUUGAAGAAAUACGGCGUCGCAAACUGGAAGUCGCAGUUGUUGGAAUUCCUAAAACUGUGGAUAAUGAUGUGGGAAUAAUUGACAAAUCUUUUGGAUUCCAAACAGCUGUUGAAAUGGCUCAGCAAGCAAUCAGUGCUGCUCAUGUGGAGGCGGAGAGUGCAGUGAACGGCAUAGGCCUGGUCAAGUUGAUGGGUCGAAGCACAGGUCACAUUGCUCUACAUGCAACACUCAGUAGCCGCGAUGUUGAUUGCUGUCUAAUUCCCGAAAUAGAUUUCUAUUUGGAAGGGAAAGGAGGGCUUUUUGAGUUUCUUGACCAGAGACUUAAGGAAAAUGGACAUGCCGUGAUUGUGGUUGCUGAGGGUGCUGGCCAGGACAUAAUCCCCAGAACUGAUUCGCAGAAGGAAGAACAAGAUGAAUCAGGGAACUUGGUCUUCUUAGACGUUGGUGCAUGGUUGAAAUCAGAGCUAAAUAACUGGUGGGCAAGGGACCACCCCCAUGAGUUAUUUACGGUGAAGUACAUUGAUCCUACAUACAUGAUUCGUGCAGUCCACGCAAAUGCCUCUGAUAACUUGUAUUGUACACUCCUAGCACACUCUGCAAUUCACGGUGUUAUGGCAGGGUAUACUGGCUUUGUAACUGGUCCUAUUAAUGGAAACUAUGCAUACAUUCCUUUGGAGGAUGUGGCGCAAGCAAAUAACCCGGUUGAUACCAAAGAUCAUAAAUGGUCGUGGGUGAGAUCUAUCACCAACCAACCUGAUUUUGUAAGGAGGUAGACACAGACACAACAUCAAAGUUUUCAAUGACCUGGUGAUCCCGUUCGUAGCCGAUUGACAUGUUCUGAUGUCAACAGUUACAGGUUUAUGCCAUAAUCUUCCUAUUGCCUGAAGAGUCUUGGUAAAAGAUGGAUGGGGAGAUCAUGUGCAAAUUAGUGUGAUUUGUGCAUACUCUGUAACACUAGUUUUUAUGUUGGAAUUUAAUUAUAUGUCAAUGUAGCAACUUCCUUUAUACUU